AUGCAGGUUAUCGAGAAAUCCGCUGCCAAAUUUGGAGGUGUGGUGUUCAAUCAGAAUGCGACUGUGUGUCCUACAGAACUGCACGCGCCUCCUUCACCUUCAACCGUAGGAUACAAAAUUCUGCUCCUUGACGCGAAAUUCCAAAAGGACACUAUAUCCAGCAUAUUCGUACCAGCUGCACGAUUAUCAGGCUUCAUCCCCAAGAUAAAGGGCCUAAACUCACAAGUAGAGAUCUCAGCAUCACUCUACCCUGAUUUGUACCUGCCACUAUCCGCAAUUGCUGGAUCUGUGCCAAGUUCUCAAGGUGGUUGGAAACCGAGCAUCCUGAGCUGUCCGAUGUCUGGCGUAAAGAUGAACUCCCUUCUUUACAUGUUCUUAAUAAACAUCACAGUUCGUGGCCAUGAUCCCGAUGAUGAUGCCUGUGGGGUUGAUAUAAGUGUGUUUCCUGCCGAAGAGUUCACUUUACGUCCCUUCACUACCCCGAAAAAGCCACUCGAUCUUAUAGUACCUAUGAGGUGGAUUGAAAAAUGCAAAAGGAACCAUGGCAAUUGCAAGGAUGACAGUAAUUCAUGGUACCCAACCCGACUACUACAUUUCGGCUCCCAAGAUCAGAAAGUGAGGCUUGUGGUCUCGAAGGAUCAUGGCCCGAAAGGCCCAUAUAUUACCUUAAGUCAUCGAUGGGGACCACAUAUGAAGUUGAAGCUCACUUCUGCCACAAUGGCAAGGCUGACACGUGGGGUCCAACUAUCCAGCCUAUCCCAAGUUUUUCGCGACUCUGAUGAAGACGAUCUAUCAGACUGGGAAAUCGAAUCCCAGAGCAUGUACAACGUAUACGCAUGCGCUUUCCUGAAUAUUUCUGCCACCCUGUCAUCCGAAGGUAAUGAGUCGCUCUUUUGUGACAGAGACCUAGUUCCGACCCUGCCAUCCAAGGUCAGACUAGGUAUCGAUGGAAUUCAUCAAGAUUAUUUUAUUAUCGACAGUAACACCUGGAAUGACGAGAUCGAGAAUGCUCCUCUCAAUAAUAGAGGGUGGGUUUUCCAAGAACGAUUCUCGGCUCGGAGGGUACUCCAAUUCGGCCGUCAACAGCUAGCAUGGGAAGGUAGAGAACUCGAGGCAUCGGAAAUGUUCCCAGAUGGACUCCCUCAGGCAUCUGCCGCAUCGUGCCUUAGCAAACCACGCCUCUACGAAAGACUCACGAGCCUGUCUCAGAGCUCAAACGAGACUUUGAACGACAAUCUCGCUAGGGAGUGGCAUGCUGUAGACAAGCUAAUUGCCUUUGAAGGCGUUACAAGGGCUGUUAUGGCAAGCACGGGAGGCCGGUGCGUUGCAGGCGUGUGGCAAAACAAUAUUGCUUAUGAUCUUACGUGGUAUCGCUCCAGCGAGGCAAAAGAGUCCUUUGCAAUCAGUGAAACCUCCUUACGUGCUCCCAGUUGGUCAUGGGUAUCUGUUGACGGACUGAUAGACUACCCGACUUUUCCUGGGGAGGUGCGACGCCUUUUCAUCAAUGAAGGGGAGAUAUUAGAUCCCAACCCAAAUGGAGACACUGCGCUUUCUAGACAUCCUUCCAUCCGAGUACAGGGAAUCUGUCUUCCUCUAAAGAUCAAUUGGUCGAACGGGGAAAUGCUCAGCUUCGAAACCGCCAGCGUUCGCUUUUCGCUUGAAUGUCCAUUUGGCGCACAAAUUAAUCUCGACCGCCCUGAAGAUGAGAUACGGAAGAUGGGUCAUAAAUCUGGAAUACUCUUGCUACCGUUACUUGCCACACCACGAUGUAUAUUUGGGCUCGUUCUUGCGAAGGCCCGCGGAGUAGGUAUGUAUAGACGAGUAGGAACAAUUGAGAUUCCAACGGUAGAAAGCCUUAACCCUGGUGAAAACACCCUUUGGGAACCUCUGGAAGAGCCUGCAGCGAAUGGCCAGAAUAUGUUGGACAGUAUUAAAUGGAAUACGACAGCGUUAAAGCUAGUAUACCAAAUAGACGAGCUAAAGCGACGUGGAGAGGAGAAAGGUAUUCGGGUUGGGGUUACUGAAAGUGGGAGACGAAGAGAGAAAGGUAAAGGAAGCAAUAAAGAUAUCGCAAAGCAAACAAUGCAGCGAGCAAGCUUUGUGAUUGUCGGUAGAAACGCAGGAGCGUUAGGUGUUUGA